AUGACAUCCAUCGCGGCCGAGUCUGUUUCGACCAUUUUGGUGUCGUGCAAGCAGACACGCUUCCACAUCGAGAGCCCAAACUACCCCCUUCUGCGGGCCAUCGCCGACAAGCUCAUCCCGGGCAUCCCGGAGCAGACCAGAGUGUCUAUCUUACAGCAGACGAACAUCAGCGAUGUCAAUACGGAUGACCUCCCUUCUGGAGAAGUCCCGGGCAGCAGGGACGGCCUUACCGUCCUGGAGGAUGUGGUUGAUAAGGCCACGGCCAAAAGCGACCUGGAGCAGGAGAUCAACACACUCUCCGCUGGUGUCAACGAUACGGACGCUUACGGUGCGCUUCGGUCGCUGCGGAAACUCCGCCAUGCGCGCAUGCUGAAGCGGCUUUUUGUCCUCGACAAGGACGCAAGGCUGAGGAGCGGCGCACGUGGAAUGCAAGCACGCAAGGCACUGGUCGAGUACGAGAAAGCGGUUGCUGAGUCUGCUGCUCUAAACGAGCAGUCCACGGACGACAUCUCACCCGAGACACUCCAGGUCGAGACUCAGGAGGCCGUGGAUAUGCUCGCUGAUCUCCAGCUGCAGGUCGAGCCGUCUCUCAUGGCCGACAUUGAGUCGCGCGCCAAAAAGAUCCUGACCGGUCUCGGCUUCACUGACGCCUACAUGGCCAAGAAAGCGGACAGCCUCUCGGGCGGCUGGCGCAUGCGCAGCGCCCUCGCGACAGCGCUCCUCCAGGAGACGGACAUUCUCAUCCUUGACGAACCAACCAACUUCCUCGACCUGCUGGGCAUCAUCUGGCUGCAGCGCUUCCUGCAGAGUCUUGAAGACCUGCCGGCCCCACCGACCCUCAUCCUCGUGUCUCACGACCGCGACUUCACCAGUUCCGUCUGCACCGACCUGCUCAUCGUCAAGGACAAGGACCUCACCUACUUCCACGGCGACCUACCGACCUACGAGGCCGCCCGGGCCGAGAAGAAGCUGUACCUCACCAAGAUGAAAGAGGCGCAAGAAAAGCAAAAAGCGCACAUGCAGGACGACCUACGCUUCCCGGGCACGCUGGUGUCCCUCGAAAAAGUCUCCUUCCGCUACGCACUCCCCAAGAAGGGCGGGGGCGGGGGCGGGGGCGCAAGCACCAACCCGCCCGCCACCCUCCAAGACGCGACCCUCACCGUCAGCGAAGGCGACCGCAUCGGCAUCCUGGGCCUCAACGGUGCGGGCAAGUCCACGCUGAUCCGGCUCCUCGUCGGCGCGAACCUGGCCGGCGCCCCGCCGCCGGGGUCGUCCCACACCGGCACCGUCACCACCCACCCGCGCCUCAAGCUGUCGUACUACUCGCAGCACGCCGUCGAGGAGCUGCAGGCGCUGGGGCGGGAGGAGGCCGGGCUGACGGCGCUCGCGCUGCUGACGCGCGAGGUGGAGGGCCUGUUGGAUGAGGGCCAGCUGCGGGCGUUGCUGGGGUCGUUGGGCUUGCAGGGCCGCGUCGCGUCCGAUGUGCCGCUGCGGAAGUUGUCCGGUGGGCAGUUGGUGCGGUGUGAGUUGGCGAGGUUGUUGUGGCGCGGACCGGGGUUGUUGGUACUGGAUGAGGUGACGACGCAUUUGGAUUAUGAGACGGUGGCUGCGUUGAGGGAGGCGUUGAGGGGGUGGGCGGGGGCGGUGAUUUUGGUUUCUCAUGACAGGUGA